AUGCUGCGCAGAAACAGCUGCAAAAGCCAGAACCAUCGCCCCCUGAGCAGGAGUCGGUCAUCCGUCUCUGUGGCGAGAAACGCUGUCCACGAAAUCACGGGCAGCGAGCCUCUCGCAGCAGAACGAGAUGCGUACCUUGCCGCAACCAUCUCGUACAACAAGACCCAGACUCCUCAUGGAAACGGCGCCCCGAAGUCUCCUCGCCUGCAUCGCCAGCAGAGCGUGAGGUUUGCCGGCCCCAAUGCCCAGCCGCAGAGAAAGCUCGCUACGCGGGCAAGCAUGGCCACUGUGGGCAACGCUCACAUGCCACGGCGUCCCGCUGGCUCUCAGCAGCUCUCUCAAGCAUCUUACGAACCAGGUGACGACGCUGCAUCCUUAUCGUUCGCGAGACUGCGCAAAUCGCGAUCCAUGUAUUCGUCCUCGAUGACCAAAACACCAAACCACUCAACGGAUAAUGGCGACCAUUCCGAUAUCUUCGACGCAUGGGGAGCAACGCCGCGAUUCUCGUCGCUAGCCAAGAAAGAGAACGAGCCCUUCAGGGGUUCAGGCGGGCCCACGCUCAGAACACCCAAGUCCAUGGGCUUCCUCUCAAACAAUUACGACAGGUCGUCGUGUCGAGCGAGCAUUAGCAGCGGCCAUGUGUCCGACCAGCACGCACAAGGUAGCUUCUACGAGGCGCCGGGCCGCUCAACUCGCCUACAAAGCCGACCAUCGAGUUUCUUUCGGUCCAGUCACAAGUACACUCUGGACACGACAAGUUUCCCCAAGUCUCUUCGAACCAGCAGCACCAACACGACGGUUCUCUCUUCCACGCAUGCUUUCGGAACCAGCAUCUCCAACGUUCCUUUGAAGCAACCCAAGCUGCGGACUACGGCUCGAAAAAUUUCAAAGUCGCUGAAGAGCAGGAUCAAGGGGCUCUUCAGCCGUUCCAAAAGUAGGGAUGGCACGGCUGACCAGCCUGGGGAGCAUCAACAAGAGGUCGAAUCAAAUGGCGGCGGCUGUUCCCGCACUCAGACGCCGACAGGGGCACCGCAAGAGGCAUCCCUUUACCGGGUGGUAUCCCAUGUGCCCUCUUUUCAUUCGGUGCCGCAGAGCCAACAGCUCAGGUCCCGUCAGGGCAGCUUGUGUACCAUCGAGGCCGAAGAGGGUGUGUUGGACGACGAUAAAUCGCGAGUCACUAGCUGGACCAACUCUACUACGGCCACCAUUGCCAACCGGCCAGUGUCGGCCAACUGGAGUCACCAGUACCCAUCCGGCUUUGGACACGACGGCGUUGACACCCUGCCUUCAUCGCACAACCAGGCGGCAGUGAAACAUGAUCUCCCACCACCUCAGGCGCCUAUUGUCAAUAGUCAGCGCGUGUACUCGGCGCUCAUGAAGAGACUGCAAGAGAAGCGCAAUGAACAUCCGUCUAUGGUCCAAAACGUAACUCCAGAUCUUCUUGAGGCAGACACCACUCGAAGUAACUCGACAAUAAGACGGCAAGCCCGUCACACCAUGUAUGAAGGGUCUACUCACACGAUUCGCCAUGUUCCGUAUGACGACGAUGUCUUCCAAGAUCGCGUUGAAAGGGUGACUGUAUCAUGCUGUUCUUCAGAGUCGUCCAAAAGCGUUGUCAGGGGACGCCCAUCCUUCGACUCCAAGCCGAACCUCGGCCAUCAGGCUUGCCCCAGCUCGACGACAGAGGGAGAACUCGGGGCUUCUCCUAGCAAAGGCGACAUGAAGUCACACUCAGCUGCCGAAUCGCAGAAGCGGCCGCUCUCCAGCCGGAGCUCGGCCUUCUUUGCUAGCCCUACAUGCCACCUAUUCCGCACGACUAGUCCAUAUCGUCGCGCACUGCGAGAAAGCAUGAAGGCUGCGCAGGGCAGCGACCAACCUCAAACGCCUGAUACCAAGUAUCUCAGGUCCCUUUCUGCACUCAGCCUCCCUACACGCCGCCCAAGCACGGACGGGUCUCACGAUGACGCACGAGCAGCAUACGCAGAGAGCGUUUAUUCUGAUAAUAGUGAUGAGGAUGCGCUCAACAACAAUUACCCCUCAUCGCCUUCAAAAGUGGUCAACAAAGGGGCAGGGUCCAUAGGCCACGGCGACGCUACCAUCUUCCUCAAAAGCGAAAUACAACGACCAAGAGCGUCUGGCCAACAUGCUCGAGAAAGCUCCUCUACCAGCUCGGUCGAAUGGAAGACGUGGCUCAGUGCCAACGUGUCGAAACUAGAGACCCCUCCAACGACAUUGAACCCCGAGUUUCCGGGGGAGGCUUCGUCCGCCCCCCAGACGUAUGGACACGUCAGAGAAAAGGCGGAGAUUGGUUCUGAUGGCGAUGAGUCUCCUCAAGGCGCGGCCGAUGACUAUUUGUCGCCAAGGCUCAACCCGAGAGAGGAGAACCAUGAGCCACCCACCUUUACCGCGAUGGCGAGAGCCCAAUUCAACCUCGCGAAUCCCUGGCAACCUCAGUCCGGUACUACCAACGAAAAUGCGCCGCCGGCGUCGGGACUUCGACCCAAGACUAUAUGCAGCAUAGACAGCUCACCAGUGGCGUUGAAGGGAAACCUGCGAACCAUUCCGUCCAUGCCCAACGUCAGCACAUACACUUCGAGCAACCUGGAAUCGUCAUUGGAAGUGCCGCCACUAUUCUCAACCAAUACGCUUGCCAAGUCCCUGGCCCCUUUGCGAGAAGAGACGCGCCUCAAGCGGCAGUCGCGAGCACGCCUUGGGCCCAAUGAUUGUUCGGCCAAGUCUAGCCCCGGAUUCACGACCGCUCUUGAAAGGCAGUUUGGCGUGAGCAAGAUGGGCUCGCCGGGGGUCUGGAAGUCCUCGGGACCGCCAUACGAAGCUGAUGGUGUCCUUGGCUCGGAAGCUGACCCUGGAGUGGACGAGCUGGGACGGCGGGAGCUUGGAGCGCAGGCGAUGGGAAGCCGGAGGAUGGUGGACCUGUUUCUGAGCAGUCGACGGAAGAGAAGCCCGAGUAGUCAGAUGCGGCAGAGCAGCGAUACCGGUAGCAUGUCGGGGGCGUUUAUCUAA